AACGCUUCGACUGGGAGCAUCUUUGUAGAGAGAGAGUUUAAACUGUAGAUUAAAGAUGCCAGAAAGCAUUCAAAUCACGAUUCUCCCGAUCUCAUUCUUCCUGUUGGGCUUCCUUUAUGCCACUGUUUCAGCCCAGCACAGAGAUGAUCGCCACACCGGUCACGAACACUACAGACCGAAGAUGGAUGUGGUCAAGAACGUCCUGAAAGACAGAGAAUUUAUUAGAGAUUACGAACACAUCCGGGAAGAUGUCCAGGACAUGUACAACAAGGACUUCGCAGAGAAGUUGAACGACAUUGACAUGGAGAUAUUUUACUUCCAAUUGCAUGACUUGGACAAGGACAAGAGGCUCGACGGCCUGGAACUGCUGGGGGCCAUGAACCACGUCAUGAACAGAGAGCAGGAGCUGAUCGACAGGGCAGACCUCAUGAAAUCGUCGGAGACCAGAAUGGCGCUGCAGAGCUGGUGGAACGAGAAAUUCGAGGAAGAUGCGAAAUUCAUCGACCAAGUGCUAAAAGAAGAAGAUUUGGAUCAAGAUGGAUUUCUGAGUUACAUGGAGUUUGCCAUCGGUAGACAGAGAGAGAUGGGACAGAUUUAAAAAGAAAACUAUGCAAAUAUUUUCAUUUGCUCAUAAUUUAUUUUUAAACUUUUAACAUCAUAUG